UACACUAACUACUAGCUAGUUUCGUUAUGUUACCUAUUAAUUAUUCUUGUUUUAAUUUAUUUCUAUGUAUAAUUAGUCCUUUACUGCAAUCGUUUUGAUUGAGUAUGGCUUCGUUUAUUUUUAAAUAUAUAUAUUACAACAAAGAACAAAUAAACUUUUGUGGAAAAUAGUAAAAGCGUACCUGAUUUAUAUACAAUGGCAAUUUGCGAGUUAAGAGGCUUGUUAUUGACCGUUUGUAUUAUCGAAUUGAUUAUCACCGUACAGCGACAAGUGUUUGACUUCUUAGGUUUCAUGUGGGUACCCAUAAUCGCUAACUUCGUGAAUAUUCUUCUGAUAAUAUUUGGAUCCUUUGGAGCAGUUCAAUACAUUACGAAGUACCUAAUAGCGUAUGCAAUAUGGAGUUUUAUGUGGCUAACAUGGAAUAUAUUUUUAAUAUGCUAUUAUCUUAAUCUUGGAUCUUUGAAUAGGGAAAGCGGCCUUCUAUCCUUCGGGACAGGUAGUGUUAGCUGGUGGGAAGGCAAUGGCUGGGGCUGCCAGACAGUAUGGAGCGAGGAAGAUGGCCCCGGCUCACUGAGGCCCACCCGCGUGGAUGGCUGCUUCCUCCCAUGGCAUCAUGUGGAGCUUACACAGUCUGCUGUAGCAGCUUUUCUCACAAUUGCUGCAUUGCCACUAUCCAUUCUCUUGACUAUUCAGUCGUAUAAGAGAAGAAAACCAUCAGGAGCAUCAGUAAAAGGCACUCUACCACGCCGGCCAGUCUACACGAUAGAGCUCAGCCCCACCGAAACAAACGUAAGCGAGAGUUCCCUAAAACCGAUGACGCCGCGUCGAGUCAAGCGCAGGUCGGGCUCACGAGGCGCCGGCUCGUCCGUGCGAAGAUCCCGACGAUCGUACAGGAACAACGGCUACCUCGCGUCCACCGCGUCGCUGCCCCGCGAGCCGCGCUCCCGGCCCGCCUCGGCGCACUCGUCCUACUCCAACUUCCACGCCGCGCGUCCCGCCUCCUACCACGCGCCCGACCCGGCCCGCGACGCGUACGAGCCGCCGCCGCCGACCGAGUCGGUCACCAUCACCACCCGGCGGUACGACACGAUCCGGGGACCCGGCGCCGGCUACGACGUCGCCGGGCCGUACGACCGAACUCAACAAUACGAUCAUCGAAACUACGAAUCGAACCCCACAUACGGCAACGUGACGCAGGAGUACUCGGCUCACUACGACGUGCGCUCGGACUCGGGGCCGCGCUGCGAGUCGCCGUACGGGCGCGGGGGCGGGUGGGCGCCCGCGCCGCCCUACUGCGCGCGCGCCGCCGCCGCCACGCCGCAGGCGCCCGGCCCGCCCGCCUACCAGCAGAACGACUACAACAUGAUGCCCUAGUUGCUAGUUUUACUCCCACUAAUGUCGCACGGAUGCGAUUAAUUUUACUUCAAAAGACGUGACCCGUGAACCUUAAAGAUGCUCACGUAGAUGCAGCGGAGCGAAAGUGACGCCGCGGAUUUUAUUUGUAAUUUUUUCCCGUGUGCCUUCUUCCAGUGACCGUUUUCUAGCUCAAUUUUAUUAUCUUUUUGACCUUUAUGUGAUGUCAGCGAUAAGUCUGUUGUGGUGAUCGUUUGAUACUUAUUUGCAAUUUCCUAAAGUAUUGUUUAAGACUUUCUGUACUAAUAAGAAUCUCCUUGUUGUGAUGUAUAAAAUACAUUCCUUUUAUUAUUUGUUAGGUUUAAGAAUGUGACGCCUGUUAUUUCUACUGUUGAUUGUAAGAAGUGUUUUAAUGAUCGAAUUUAGUACUUAGCACGAGUUAAAUGUUUGUUUUUAAAAUCGUGAACUUUUUAUAACGAUCUGUAUUAAAAUCCGAAUUACUAACAAGUGUUAGGAUACUUUAUGUUUGUGAAUUCAAUCAGCUGAUAUUCCAUUCCAUUCUAAUAUUCACACUGUUUUACUCUUUAUAACAAAAUCAACAACGAUAUUGCUGCCAUAAAUAUAAUAAUACUGUAAUUAAAAUCAUUCCAACUGGAUCGUAUGUGCGAUUUGCAAAACACGACAGCUGACCUUACACAUUUUGUAGGUACUUAGUAUAAGAUUAGAAGUUGAAUCUUUAUAUUUCACAAUAUCACUAAAUGAAUCUCAAUAUUCGUAUACUUACAUGUUUUUACCAAUUAAUUGUAGUCUUGCCAAGUGUCCUUUGUAAUGUUGUCCGUCCAAGUAACAUUAAAAAGUAAUAGCUAUGACAAGAUUUAAAUAUUCGAUUUGAAUCGCAAGUUCGUAGUCGUCAAAUUAAGGUCAUUUUACAUAUCUAUGCGUCCUAUUGUUGUGAGUCAACAUGUUACAAAUGUGGUCCAAUACUUAAUUACUAGAAAAAUGAGCUUUAUUAGUUUUAAGUCAAGUAAUUAUUUUUUUAGUUUAUUUUUAAGGAAAACUUUCCAGGUAAUUUUAUACCAAAUACACACUUAUGGAUAAA